AUGAGUAUGUGGUAUGCCAUAAGCAAUAUGAUGGGACAUGGUGAGCAUUAUCAUCCUGUGACAGCCGCUGGUCGUGUAUUAGCUAUCGGUUUAUAUAUCGUGAGUUUAAUUCUUGUUGCAACGUAUACAGCGAACCUAGCAUCGGAUCUGACGACAUCUAAAGCAAAGAAUAUCAUAUCUGGUAUUGAUGAUAUCAAAAAUGGAAAAAUACCAUAUCAUCGUAUUGGUAUUUGCGUAGGUACGACUAGUGAAGAUUAUUAUUUACGAGAAAUUUCCGGUGGUAGACGAACCUUUUAUCCCUUAGCAUCUCGUCAGGAACUCUAUGAUAGUCUACUCCAUGGUAUCAUCGAUGCAUCGUUCAUGGAUAUUGGUGUGGCAGAAUAUGUUACGAACAAUAUCUAUUGUAAUUUAACUUUAGUUGGUAGUGAUUUUGAUAGGAACACUUUCGGUAUUGUCUUUUCGAAGGAAUGGCUCUAUGGAAAAGACUUAGAUUUGAGUAUAUUAUCACUGAGAGAGUCUGGAGCUCUAGAUGAUUUGAAAAAGAAAUGGUUUCAAAUGAAUAACUGUCCGGAUACAUCGGAGACAUCUAAUGGUAUGCGAAUCGAAGAUAUGAGUGGUCUAUUUCUUACCUUUGCCAUUAUCAGUGUACUAUCAUUAACUUUAUUUGCAUGGAAGAAGCGCUCUAUGAUAAAGGACUGUCUGUGGAGACGAUUAUGUCGACAGAAAUUAGUCAUUCAACCUCAUUCUCCUAUGGUGAAGAGUUCACAAGACGUUUUAUCUACGGUAGUGAAGAUUUAA